AUGUCUGGACGUGGAAAGAAACAUGCAGUGGCUGGCAAACCUGGAGCUGCACAGAAGAAAACCAAGUCAGCCAAGGCUGGUCUGCAGUUCCCCGUGGGUCGUGUCUACAGGCUCCUUAAAAGAGGGAACUAUGCUGACAGGAUCGGUCCUGGCGCUGCCAUCUACCUGGCUGCGGUGCUGGAGUACCUGAGCGCGGAGAUCCUGGAGCUGGCAGGGAAUGCUGCACGGGAAAACAAGAAAGCCAGGAUCCUGCCCAGGCACAUCCAGCUGGCUGUGAGAAAUGAUGAAGAGCUGAACAAGCUCUUCUCCUGUGUGACCAUCGCUCAAGGAGGGGUUAUGCCAAAUAUCCUUUCCCAGCUCCUUCCCAAGAGAACUGCUCCUUCUCAGGAGCCAAAAGUCUCCAUAUCUGAACAAGCCCUCAGGCCUUUGCUGGCCAAGUCACUGAAAGUCUUCCCCUGGGAAAGUGCCCAGGGUUUCUCUGUUCAUAGUGGGUCCUGA